AUGGCUAACUCUAGUAACUCUCUCAGCUUGAACAACACGCUCCAACUGGAAGAGGAAGAUGAUGACCUGGUUAUCCUCCCUGACGUUGACAACUCUGAGCUCAUUGCUCGCUUUCAACUUAGCUUAGUGGGUAGGCUUUCAAACAAAGAGAAAAGGAGUGUGGAAGCCCUCAUUGCCCUCCUGCCUAGACCCAACAUAUGGGAUGUUGAAGGCAGAGCUAGAGGUGUGGACCUUGGGAAUCACAGAUUUCAAUUUGAUUUUGAGUCGGAGGCUGACCUACAGAAGGUGCUCAGUAAACGACCCUGCCAUUUCAACAAAUGGUCUUUUGCUCUGGAACGUUGGACUCCACACGUAGGUGACUCGUUUCCUCACAAGAUGACUUUCUGGGUCAGUGCCACUGGAAUUCCGACACACUUCUGGCUUGAGCCAAUCUUCAAGGCCCUUGGGAAGGGACUCGGGCUAGUUGGAAAAGUGGAAGAAAAGGCAGCAAAAUUUGAAUUGGAGCUGGAUGCAGAGCGUCCCUUAAAAUUCAAGCUCCGUGCGCAACUACCUUCGGGUGAGAUCGUCCCUGUAACUCUUGAAUACUCAAACCUCCAUCGUUGGUGCCACCACUGUCGUCUCAUAUCCCAUGAAAUCGAUACUUGCCCUCAAAUAACUGAUGAACAAAGAGAACAGUUAGCAAAAGAGAAAGACCUAUCAAGAGACCAAGUCCCCUUCCCUAGAAUGGAAGUCAACAGAAAUGGAGAGAACUCAAGGAGAGCAACCGCACCUGUCUCAAAGGCUCCAUUGCCACAGGAAAGGCGACAGGGAGAUCAUCCUCAACGAGACAUCAGGGACAGCGUUUGGAAACGCAUUGACUCCCGUUAUGCUCCUAGAGAAGACUACCGCCGAGACCACCGUCUAGCUCCUCGUGAACAAGAGAAACUGCCACACCAAAAAGAAACUUACAACAAGAGAAGAUAUGAUGAAUCUUUUGCUUCAACUUCUCGUGCGAAACAACUUGCUCGCUCCCUUCCCCUGCCUCAGCCAGUGACUGACAAAUCCUUAAAGGAGAGAAUCAGUACAAACUUGUCUCCUGAACACGUUCGGGAACGGCCUUUUAAGCUUAAUCUACGAUCAAAAUCUAUUGAGGAUCAAAAGCUGAAAGGAAAAGUGGCUGAUUUGGAGAAUGUAUUUGAUGAGGGAAGCUCUGCAAAGAAGAGCUUAAAAUUUGAAGAAGAAAGGCCUCGGUCUUCAAGUAAUCUGCAAGUCGGUCCACUGAAGAUCCAACCUUCAAAGGAAAAAGAAAAGAGUUGGUAUGAACAGACUCUAGAAGAGGAGGAAGAGUCGGUGGAUCGGGAGACUGUUAAACAACCUGCUUUUCAUGCGGAGGAGACGAGGGAGAAUGUAGAGGAUCCUGAUGCAGAAAAAAUCCUAGAAGGAAGACGAUCUGAUGGAGGAAGACGACCUAUUGACGGAGGAUCUGGAACAAGUGGAGGCUGUGAUCGCGCCGGCUCAAGAGGAAUCGAGCAGAUAAACACGGCUCCUUCUGAGCCGGAGAUAGGCAAGAAACUCUCUGCGAGACCAAGUCCUCUGGCCCCGUUUGAUCAAACAACUGAAUCUUGUCCUGCUCAAACCCCAUCAUCAAAAUCGCGUCCAUCGCCGGCAAAGAAGAAACGGAGCUCCCCAAGCCCAAUUGCAACUGGUGUCUCUCUGACACAGAGGAACCUAAUGGGUCGGGCUUCUGGAAAGGCUAGAGUUUAUAAGAUUGGGCCGAAUCUGCAGUAG